UCUCUUGCAGCACGCACUGAGGAUGCUGAAGUAAUUGGUGGACCACGACGUGUUUUAACACGAGCUGAUGAUGACGAUGAUACUGCUGAUGAUGAUUUUACAAAUUUUAAAGGUGUCAUCGAUACCGGUUCGGGAUAUCCUUUCCUACAACCCAAUCCAUCGGUGAUACGUGUGGGUUUCUUUGAUUCAUUUGAUGAUCUUUUCCGUCGCUUUAGUGCACGCUUAUUCCCAGCCGGUUUGUUUAGUAGAGCUGGUGCUGACAGUGAUGAAGAUGAUUCCAGUGAAAUUGGUUUCCCCACCAUCGAUCCCAAAAAGGCCAAUAGCACUUCGACAGUAAAGGUGGUCGAUGGUCAUAAAGUGGAGGUUAACGAAACCGUUUAUGGUGAUGAAAACAGUGUCUUCAAGGUACGUGUGGUUAACAUA